UGCAUACAUAUGGACUCCAAAGCGAAGGACAUGGAAGAGAAGGAUGCCGGAGAAGUUCGAUACCGGGGUGUGCGGAAGCGGCCAUGGGGCAAGUACGCAGCAGAGAUUCGCGACUCAAAUAGGCACGGCGCACGUGUUUGGCUUGGGACUUUUAACACGGCUGAAGAGGCAGCUAGAGCUUAUGAUAGAGCGGCUUAUGCUAUGAGGGGUGGCUUAGCCAUUUUGAACUUUCCUAAUGAGUACCCUUCGGCAUGUGGUGGCUCUUCAUCUUCAUCGGCAUCGGCUAAUUUUUCAUCUUCUUCGUCAUCAAUGCCUAUGCAGGGGCGAGCUUGUGGUGGGCAAGAUGAAGUUCUUGAGUUAGAGUACUUGGAUGAUAAGUUGCUAGAGGAGCUGCUAGAUUGUGAUCAUCAAAAGAAGAACAAGAAAUAGUGAGAUUAAUAAGCAUCUCUUCUUUGGCUUAAUAAGAAGUUAUACCCACAUCAAUCUCAAUGAUGCUUCUUAUCUUUUUGGUCGAUAUAAGUAGAUUCUGAUCAUCACCUUUUUCAUGCGUUUAGUUGUCAAUGAAGAAUCUAAAAAAAGUAUAGUGUGGUAAGCUUGCUUUUCAAGAUAUGGUGAUUUUCCUUCUACGUACGAAAGUAUAUCAUCUUCUUCCGGCUAGGGCUUGUUGUAAUUGGAUCUCUGGUAUAAAUAAAUUUGCCUCGUUUUGUCAA